AAAUUACUUGGUCAGUGCGACAAACCUAAUUCAUUAUUUGGCAUUGAAGAGUCUUGACGUUGAGCAGCUUAAAGAAGAACUUUCUUCCAUUUGUUUCCUGAAUUUAGACACAAUAAAUCAACAUGUUCUUGCAAGUCUUUCUGCAGGCAUCCGGCUGUUAGAUAACGUAAAAUUUGAUUCUUCAAGUCAUACCAUCUCUUAUAGUGAAGGAAUCUCUUCAACAAAAAGUUUGGAAAAACAAAUGAAGGGAGAAUUUUCUGUUAAUACAUUAAGGAGGAGGGCAUCCCAUACUGCAGACCUGUUAUUGGGCAGAUUGCCAGAGAAGAGAAACACCCAUAUCAUGGUAACAGUGGGUGAAGAAGCUAUACAAAGUGAAACACUACUGAAAGAUCUUCUAAAUGCUGGAACUACCAUUGUUCGUAUUAAUUGUGCCCAUGGAAGCCCUGAAAUUUGGAGUGAGAUUAUCAGAAGGGUGAAAAGAAGCUCUCAAAUUCUUGAAAAGCCUUGUCGAGUUCUCAUGGACUUAGCUGGGCCCAAGCUUCGAACUGGAAAACUGCAGGCUGGUCCAUGUGUGCUGAAAAUAUCUCCCAAGAAGAAUGCUUAUGGGGAAGUGAUAUAUCCUGCCCUAAUUUGGCUCUCACGCCCAGGAGCUGGUUCUCCACCUGACCAUGUAUCCCCUGAUGCUGUUCUACAGGUGGACGGUGAAGAACUUUUUAGGAAGCUCGAGGUUAAUGAUGUUUUGACAUUGUUUGAUGCUCGUGGAAAACAAAGGACACUUAAGAUCUUAAGCAGGUAUCCUAUUUUCUCAGGCGUUGGAUUUAUGGCUGAGUGCUGUAAGACUGCUUAUGUCAAGUCAGGUGCAAAAUUGUUUAUCAAGGACAAGAGAAGGAAAUUACCAGCCGGACAUGUAGUAAAUAUUCCUCCUCUCAAACAAUUUAUUAAAUUAAGGGUUGGCGACUUGCUGACUAUAUCACGAGAUAGUCAAAACAAAGAAAGCAACUUGACUUCUUCCACUGGUGCGCACAGGAUAACCUGCUCAUCUGAGUAUGUUUUUGAUUCAGUGAAACCUGGAGAACCAAUUGCUUUUGAUGAUGGGAAGAUAUGGGGUAUUAUUAAAGCAACUAGCGCUUCAGAAAUUCUUGUGUCAAUCACCCAUGCAGGUCCCAGGGGUAGUAAACUUGGGUCAGAGAAGUCCAUAAAUAUUCCGCGGAGCAAUAUCCGGUAUGAAGGCCUCACUUCAAAGGACCUUAUAGAUCUUGACUUUGUGGCCAACCAUGCAGACAUGGUGGGGGUAUCAUUUGUCCGAGAUGUCCGUGACAUUCUACUGUUGCGCCAAGAACUUGAGAAGCGGAAAAGAGGGGACUUGGGGGUUUCUUUAAAGAUUGAGACAAAAGAAGGAUUUGAGAAAUUGCCGCUCCUACUACUGGAGGCAAUGAAAAUGCCAAAUCCUUUAGGCAUUAUGAUUGCCAGAGGAGAUCUUGCUGUAGAGUGUGGAUGGGAAAACAUGGCAUAUAUACAGAAGGAGAUAAUCUCUGUCUGCACAGCUGCUCAUGUUCCUGUCAUUUGGGCGACGCAGGUUCUUGAGUCGCUUGUCAAGUAUGGAGUGCCCACCAGAGCUGAGCUUACUGAUGUGGCAGAAGGAAUGAGGUCA